GGUCAGCAAACCGGAUGUAAUGAGGUGUUAACAUCGUGUUUGCGCCAUCACACUGCUACUGAUGUUAAACAGUUAGAGAAGCUGAAUGGUUUAUAAUGUCUGAUUGGGAAGACAACAAUGAUGCAGAUAGUGUCGUGAACGCAAAACCUGCACCGGCAUUCAAGAACUCUGAAUGGCGACCCCAGUCCUCUGAAAGUAAAGAAAAUGUAUAUUUCGGUGUAAAGCGUGGCCGCCCAGCAGCACUUGGAAAGAGCGACCAAGAUGGUCCCCAGUGGAGAAACUGGAGGGACCAGGCUGACACGUGUAGUCGCGAAUUCAACUCUAGAAAUGGUGAACGUGAUGCCAACAGGAGAGGACGUGGUCAGAUUGGUGGGCAUACUUCAGGUUCACCUAACGUUAUGUCCUUCACCGUGGAUAAUUCCGUGGUUGGACGAGUAAUUGGUCGAGGUGGAAGUAAAAUACGUGAAAUUGAAGAGUCAAGUGGAGCAAGAAUUAAGAUCAACCGUGGAGAUGUUGAGGGCGAAGUUGUGAUCUUUGGUGACAUCGACGUUCAACAGAAAGCCAAAGAGAUAAUUGAUGACUUGAUUUCAGACAAUGGCCCAAGGUUUCGAGAUGGGCCCCGGGCACCUGCCCCUGCUGGCAGAAACGGCUCUUGCUGGUCCUCAUCUGACCUGCAGCAGUCCGCCACAAAGUACUCGGAGCAGACGGAACGUAUCGACUGGUUAGCCAUCAGAGAGAACAAGGACAAGUACAUUGCCAUGAAAUGGCAAGACCUUCCUCCUAUGAAGAAGGAUUUUUACAUAGAGGAUCCGGCAGUCUCAGCUCGCUCUGCAGAGGAAAUUGAUGCUUGGCGGAAAGAAAACAAUAGUAUUUUCGUGGAUGAUCUGAAGGAGGAAGAGAAAAGGCCUAUCCCAAAUCCAGUCUGCACUUUUGAGGAGGCCUUUCUGCAUUAUCCUGGUAUCAUGGAAAAUAUAGUCCGGGUGGGAUUCACCAAACCAACUCCCAUACAGUCCCAGGCGUGGCCCAUAGUCUUGAAAGGUUUGGACUUGAUCGGAAUAGCCCAGACAGGCACGGGGAAGACUCUGGCCUACCUCCUGCCAGGAUUCAUCCACAUGGAUCAACAGCCGCUGUCAAGGGACAAACGUGAUGGGCCUGGCAUGUUGGUGCUGACACCAACUCGAGAGCUGGCCCUUCAGAUUGAGACUGAAUGUAACAAGUACAGCUACAAAGGCUUCAAGAGUAUCUGUAUCUAUGGCGGUGGAGACCGCAGGGCCCAGAUCAAGAUGGUGACCAGCGGUGUGGACAUAGUCAUCGCCACCCCAGGCCGGCUCAAUGAUCUGCAGAUGAACAACCUGAUCAACCUGCGCACCAUCACCUAUCUUGUUUUGGAUGAGGCCGAUCGAAUGUUGGACAUGGGAUUUGAGCCUCAGAUCAUGAAGCUAAUUCUGGACAUUCGACCUGACCGGCAGACGGUCAUGACCAGUGCCACCUGGCCACCUGGUGUGAGGCGUCUGGCCAAGUCCUACCUGAAGGACCCCAUGAUGGUGUAUGUGGGCACGCUAGAUCUGGCAGCAGUGAACACAGUCCAGCAGAUAGUCCUCUUUGUUCAGGAAGAGGAGAAGAAGGCAUACGUGUUUGACUUCAUCCGCAACAUGGAGCCUGAGGACAAGGCUCUGAUCUUUGUGGGAAGAAAGGCCAAUGUGGAUGACCUCUCCAGUGACCUUUCUCUAAGAGGCACCGCUGUGCAGUCCCUCCACGGGGAUCGUGAGCAGUGUGACCGCGAGGAGGCCCUGCAGGACUUCCGAGAUGGUAAUGUGCGUAUACUGGUGGCCACGGACCUGGCCUCCAGGGGAUUGGAUGUCAGUGAUAUCACACACGUCUUCAACUUUGACUUUCCACGGAACAUUGAAGAGUAUGUUCACCGCGUGGGACGCACAGGUCGAGCAGGACGCUCAGGUGUGUCUGUAACGCUGGUAACGAGAGAUGACUGGAGUAAGGCAGCAGAGCUGAUCAACAUUCUGGAAAGAGCGGGUCAGGAGGUUCCAGAGGAGUUGGUCUUGAUGGCAGAACGGUUUGAGAAAAAGCAGAGAGAGAGGGCCAUGAUGCCUACACGAGGUGGGAGCAGAGGAGGAGGAGGAGGGCGUGGAGGAGGGAGAAGGGACAGAGAUUUAACCUGGAUCUGAUCUACAGGUGUCAUUCACAGCAUCAUGUGUUUGAGCGGUUUUUGCCUAUAUCCAUUCAUUCCUAUGAUGCAAACCACAGUGUAUUAGGUUGCCCGGUUAUCGGGUUAAUUGGUAUCGUUCUAGGUUGCUGAACUGUGGACACUUUAGAGUGGUUACCCUUGAACCUCUAAUACGCUAAUGUCCCCACAAAGUCAAGUGGCUAUGUUUUUCUAGACAUCCAGUGUUCCAGGUGUUUGUUUCCUUUUAAUGGCAACGUAUUAUUUAACUUAGUUAUACUUUUUUGGAAAUCCGUUUAAAUAAUUUUUUGUUGCCUUGUUCAAAUAAAAUCAACCACAG